AAUCUUUUUGCUCGUCGCGACAUUCGACGUCGAUAACAACUUUACGUUAGCAAUGAUCUCACAUUACCCAUUUCAUCUAUUUUCUCCUCUCACACUCUACAAUUCUCUCUAUAAAUAUCCUGGCUUUUGGAAAGAAUCUCAAACAAUUCACUUUCUAUUUUACGAAUUUCAAUGGCAGAAGUGAGGAACAAGCAAGUGGUUCUAAGGGAUUAUGUGGUUGGUUUUCCCAAGGAAUCAGACAUGAACACUGUUGAAGGAAGAAUAACAUUGAAGGUUCCAGAAGGUUCCAGUGAUGUGCUUCUCAAAAAUCUCUACCUCUCUUGUGACCCUUACAUGAGAGUUUUGAUGAGCAAGAUAAGCCAUGAGGGAAUUGGGAGCUACACACCUGGCUCUCCAUUAGCAGGGUUGGGAGUGUCAAAAGUCCUAGUGGAUCUUUUGAAGAAUAAACUUGGAUUUGAUGGAGCUUUUAACUACAAAGAAGAGUCAGACCUCGAUGCAACUUUGAAAAGAUACUUUCCAGAAGGCAUCGAUAUUUACUUUGAGAAUGUUGGAGGCAAGACACUUGAUGCAGUACUCCUUAACAUGAGAUUCCAUGGUCGCAUACCUGUUUGUGGAAUGAUCUCACAGUAUAAUCUCACACAGCCUGAAGGUGUAACAAAUUUGGCAAAUCUCAUAUUUAAGCAAAUUCGAAUGGAAGGUUUUACUGUUGUCAAAUUCUAUCACCUAUAUUCCAAAUUCUUGGAGUUUGUGCUGCCUCAUAUUAGAGAAGGGAAGGUUGUGUAUGUGGAAGACAUUGUUGAGGGUCUUGAGAAUGGCCCUGCAGCCUUGGUUGGCCUCUACACUGGUCGGAAUGUUGGUAAACAAGUGGUUGUUGUUGCUCGUGACUGAAUGCAGAUGUUUUUUUGGACAUUGCUGAGUUUUUCUUAAGUUUUGAUGAAUACUAAGCCUCUUUGUAUCUGACUUUUUCCUAUGUUCUGUUGAAUAUUAAGCCUCUUUGUAUGACUUU